GAGCAGACAAAGGCUUUGAGCCCAGGACGCCCAUCUCUCUCUCUCUCUCUCUCUCUCUCUCUCUCUCUCUCGCUCUCUCUCUCACUCUCUGCCUACAAACACAGCUCUAUCUUUCUCUGCUCUUUCUAUCAUGGAGAUGUUUUCUAAUAGGCGGCGUUAACAGUGUUUAUUCUUUCUUAUUCUGCGAUGUACGACCGUCUGGAUCCCCGCUCGGCCGAGAGAGGGAGGCUUUUAGUGGGUAUAAAACAAGGAAGCGUCGUCUGAGAGACAGAGAGAGAGAGAGAGAGAGAGAGGAAGCAUUGAAGGCUUUUUCCUCCUCUCCUCCUCCUCCUUCCUCCUUCUUCCCUUGCAGCCCCCCUUUGCCUCUUCUUUUUUUGGCGGAGAGAGGAGUUGAGGCAGGAAUAAAACGCUUUUUUUUGGGUGUUUUUCCUGCUUUUUUUUAAUGCAUUUGAAUCCUACUGCGCAACCAGGCAACCAGAGAGGAUCACGUGGUGGUGUUGGAGAGAGUUGGAUCGAUUCUUGCACAGUUCAAUACUAUUCAAUCCUAUUUCUUUACUUCUGUGGAGAUAACUGGGACUGUUGAUACUUUUGCAUAAUUUGCAAAAGAGAGAGAGGGUGGUUUUUCUUUUUCAGCCUUGGAGGUGUGGAGUAUUAGUUCUUCAUAUGCCUGGGGUUUGAAAAACAAUGGAGACGCACAUUUCGUGCCUCUUCCCGGAAAUUUUGGCCAUGAUUUUCAGCUAUCUGGACGUGAGGGACAAAGGCAGGGUAGCCCAAGUGUGUAUCGCUUGGAGGGACGCAUCCUACCACAAGUCAGUGUGGAGGGGGGUGGAGGCCAAGCUGCACCUCCGCCGGGCCAAUCCCUCCCUGUUCCCCAGCCUCCAGGCCAGGGGCAUCCGGAGGGUCCAGAUCCUGUCCCUGCGUCGCAGCCUGAGCUAUGUGAUCCAGGGCAUGCCCAACAUCGAGUCCCUCAAUCUGUCCGGCUGCUACAACCUCACGGAUAACGGCUUGGGUCACGCGUUCGUGCAGGAGAUCCCGUCGUUGAGGGUCUUGAACCUGAGUCUGUGCAAGCAGAUCACAGACUCCAGUCUGGGCAGGAUAGCUCAGUACCUGAAGAACCUGGAGGUGCUGGAGCUCGGUGGCUGCAGCAACAUCACCAACACUGGGCUUCUGUUGAUAGCCUGGGGCCUCCACCGGCUCAAGAGCCUCAAUCUGAGGUCCUGCAGGCAUGUCUCGGACGUGGGGAUUGGACACUUGGCGGGCAUGACCCGCAGCGCGGCGGAGGGCUGUCUGAACCUGGAGUACCUGACCCUCCAGGACUGUCAGAAACUGACGGACCUGUCACUCAAACACAUUUCCAAGGGGCUCACCAAGCUCCGGGUACUGAACCUGAGCUUCUGCGGUGGGAUCUCAGACGCGGGGAUGAUCCACCUCUCCCACAUGACCUCCCUGUGGAGCCUCAACCUACGCUCCUGUGACAACAUCAGCGACACUGGGACCAUGCACCUCGCCAUGGGCACCCUGAGGCUCUCUGGGCUUGACGUGUCCUUCUGCGACAAGAUAGGGGACCAGACCCUGGCGUACAUCGCCCAGGGGCUGUACCAGCUCAAGUCCCUGUCCCUGUGCUCGUGCCACAUCUCCGACGACGGGAUAAACCGGAUGGUGAGGCAGAUGCACGAGCUGAGGACCCUGAACAUUGGACAGUGUGUGCGCAUCACGGACAAAGGGCUGGAGCUCAUAGCCGACCACCUGACCCAGCUGGCGGGCAUCGACCUGUAUGGAUGUACCAAGAUCACCAAGAGGGGACUGGAGAGGAUCACACAGCUCCCCUGCCUUAAAGUGUUGAACCUGGGACUCUGGCAGAUGACAGAGAGUGAGAAAGUGAGGUGAUUGGAGAUGUUUGUGUUGUUUUUGUUUUUGGAUGGGGACAUGAGGAGGGGGAAUAGUUGGGCAGGUACAUUUCUUGUCUUAUUUCAAAAGAGAGAAAACCUCCCUUUUCCCUCCUGUGUGGUCGUGUAAGGUGUGCUUCUCCCAUGUGACCAGAAUUUUAUGUUCAAGUGUUUUUAUUUUUUCUCUCUGUUGGCCUUGCAGGAGUUCAAUUAGUGUUUGAUAUGACUUAAUAUUCUGCCUGGUAGGAAGCAAUUAGAACUUUUUUGCAAGGAGCUCAUGAAAAUUAGCGAUUGUUUUGAUAUCUCAGAAAUUCUGACAUCAGACUGGAAUAACUUGCAAAUGCAAAUCAGCUCGUUUCACACAUACUGACACUUGCUUCUAGAAAAAUUCUCAAAGUGAAACCAUCCAAAGUGGCAUGCACCUUUUCAUUUAAAGCAAAGUGAGGUUUUGAAACUUUUUUUUUUUUGGGUUCUUUUUACAGUGAGUCUGGAUUUGAGACAUUUACGACAAAUCUCCGCUACAGCCAUCACGCCUAAAAACAUUUGGCUACCUCGUAUGUGGUUGUUUUUAAAGGGUGUAUACUGUUAAAAAAAAAAAAAACAGAAGGAAAGCGAGAAUGAGAGACUGGGAGAAAAUGUGCCUAAAGGGACUGUGUCUGCCCCCUCCCCCCAUCCCUCCCUCCAUGAGCAGAGCUGGAGAAAGGAGACCAGGACACAAUCUAACUACCUUUGUUAAUUUACCCCCAUAAACAGCAACAAUUUCCCACAGAGAGAAAGAGAGAGAGAGAGAAGGACAGCGAGCUGUAAAAUGUAUUCAGAUUUUAAUGACGACGCUUUAUGCAAAAAACAUAAACCCGCUUGUGUGCGAGAGCUUUUUUAUCGUUUGUUUCCUCAUUUUUAGGGAUAAAGUCCAACUUUCACGCCCUUUCGAGACGUGUAGCUUUGGCCAA